AGCAGUAGUAGAGGGCCAGAUCAUGUCUAUGCGAGGUCAUGCAGAAAGAUAUGGAGUGCCUUCUCCUCCAAAACGAUUGAUAGCAACUGGUAGUUCAUCAGUGAAUCGUGCCUUCCUGUACAUUGCAGCGUGUGUAUUUGGAUGCAAUAAGUUUGACGAAAUUGUUACUGCAAUAAGUUUGAAAACUAUUAUCAAUGAGAAGCAGAAUGUUAACAAAAUUGUCUCUGCAUCUAUUGUCUGCUGUAACAAGGCCAAGAUUGACACUCCUGUGAAGGACUCAGAAUGGAAGAGUCCUGGUAUGCUGAGCCACUUUACUGUUGUCCGUAAGCUUGAUGGUGGCAUAUUUCCUAUGGGGUUUACUAAAGUGGCUGCAGAUAAGAAUUCUAAAGCCGGAUCAAAUGUCUUGAGCAUUGAGGGCAGGCUUUUUCUUGAUGCGUACUUCGGUACUUGCAUGCUAAAGCUAGCAUGCUUGACACUCUUCUGAACUGUUACUAAUUCCUUAUGCCUUACAAUAUCUCAAAUUGACUGGUAGAAGCGAUGAAACUGUAAGUACUUUACCAAGUAACAAGAGUUAUGGCAAUUAGCUUCCCAAUUGUUUUCUUUUCUAUUUCAGAUAAGUGAUUUAUUUAUUGAAUUAUAGGUAUUUGUAGUGGGCGGUAAAGGAUCGGAAAGGGUAUACCCAACAACAACUUGACGAGGUCCGCAUUGAAGUAGCCGACUACUUAUAGACUUUGCUGUAGGUUCUGACCAGUUUCUUGAUUUUGAGUUGGACCAGCUUGUAAUUAACUUUUUUGUAGCAAUUAUGAACAAACAAAAAUACUAAUUGCUAGGCUAGCCUUGUAGUAUAUAGGUGCAUGAAUUGGGGUUUUAUUUUGCCCAUUUUGUAAACUGUUAAGGAUGAUGAAUGUCGGAUAUAAUACCCC